CCACCCCAACAAGAGCAGGAGUUACUUUUCAGAAACUUCUAGUGAUUCUCCCCUACAAACCCCUGUGUCAGAGGCGUGAUCGAGAAAACCCCUCCCCUGAAACCUAGUCAUCUCAGCAUGUCACCUCAUUAGUGAGAGCAGAUGACGAUUCAAAGGGGAGAAAGAGACAGAGACAAGGAGAGUUAGACAGAAGAGAGGUCAUUGUAUGAUGAUUCCAGCUGAUUUAAUAUAUAUUAUUUGCAGGUAUCAGCAUAUACUGAAGCUACUUUUUCCACAUCUAUUAACCUGACAAGUGGAUGCAUUUUACUGUUCCUUGUGGAAACUUUUAAAAAGAAAUCAAGAGGAGACGAAAAGGAAAAAGGACUGUGGAUUCUGAAUGUGGAGAGUUCCCUAGUUUGGGUUUUUUAAACUUUCUUCUUCCAGAUCGGUUACCCACUUUACCAUGGCGGCCAGGUGGAUACUCCUCAUACUGGGUCUGUAUCUCUCUCUCAUCAUGGUCCUGUCGGAACAAGAAUGCCCUGAAGGAUUUAUACGUGUGGGCGAAACCUGCAUUGAUGACAAUGAAUGUGCUGUGGAGGAUAAUGGUAUUGGCCGAUGUGGAGAGAAUGCAGACUGUCACAACACAUACGGCAGCUUCACCUGCCACUGUCAUGAUGGUUUCAGAUCACGAGAGCAGACAACAUCUCUAACAUGUAAAGAUAUCAAUGAGUGUGCGGAGAACAAAAGCAUCUGUGGACUUAAUGCCAAAUGUGUUAAUGCACAGCCAUAUUAUUCCUGCACAUGUGAUGAAGGAUUCAUUUCCACUACUGGGAAGAAAAGUUUUAGUCACAGAGACAACGUUACAUGUCAAGAUAUUGAUGAAUGUCAAGAGGAAAAGGUUUGUGGUCAAAAUGCAACAUGUUUCAACACACCAGGCAGUUAUCGCUGUGUCUGUGAUACUGGCUUUGGACUGAAAUCAGGCAAAUCUAACUUCUCUGGCAAUCAGGAGCAAUGUGAAGACAUAUGUAUGAUUGAUAAAACAAUCUGCGGAAAUGGAACCUGCCACCACGGAGCCAGCGGCCAUUACUGUGCAUGCCAUGCAGGGUUCACUAACUAUGGCAGCAAAGGGUCUCGCUGCACUGCUUUAAACUGUGAUGCAUUCCAAGAUAUGAGCAUGAAAGAGAAAUUUCAUGAUGCAAAGGAUCUCAUGAUGCAGUUGAAAAAAAGCUGUCUGGACCUUACAGAAAGUGAGAAUCCGACAGAGCUGGAUGGAGAGGAGCUAUUAAAGAGAAUGCUGUCUAUUAUUGAUGAGCUAUUGUCCCAUGGAGUCUUUGAUAAUAACAAGUAUGUCUCCACCUUUUUAAACAUCGUGGAGAACACUCUGGGGUUCAUAGCACCUCUAAUUAAGCCCCCGGGCACAACAAGAUCUUCCACUCACACAGAGAUUGGCCUGCGGGUACAUAAGGGGCCUGACUUACCCCAGGGAGAUGUGACUUUAUCAUCUAAGCAAGUUCAGCUGGACAUCCAGUUGGAGACAGCUGCUGGAGAUCCCUCCUAUUACCCUGGCUUUACAACAGUGGCCUUGCUGAGCUAUGCAAACCUGGAAGACUCUGCAAAUGGCUUCUUCAGUGGGAUGAAACCACAAGCGAACGAAAGCUUUCAGAUCAACUCAAAAGUUGUGACUGUCACUGUCAGUAACAGAAACACAAGCCACCUCAAAGAGCCCGUCAAAUUGACUUUCAACCACCUCAAACAGUCAAAUGAAUCCAACCACACGUGUGUGUUCUGGGAUUCCUCGGAGAAAGGGGGGUCAUGGUCUGCUCGUGGCUGCAGUGUGGUGGAGUCCAGCCCUGAACACACUGUGUGUUCCUGCAACCAUCUGAGCAGCUUUGCUGUGCUCAUGGCGCUCUAUGAGAUAAAGGACAACGACAACAAGUUUGUGUUGAAUCUGAUCACCCAAGUGGGUCUGUCACUUUCACUAAUUUGCCUGUUCAUCUGCAUCCUGACGUUCUCGUUGAUCCACUCCAUCAAAAGUCCAAGAACCACCAUCCACCUGCACCUCUGUAUUAGCCUCUUCAUUGCCACCGUUAUCUUCCUUGCAGGCAUUUCUCGUACGGAGAGCCAGGUUGGCUGUGCAGUGGUAGCAGGGCUGCUGCAUUUCUUCUUCCUGGCAGCAUUUUGCUGGAUGUGUCUGGAGGGCAUUCAACUCUUCAGGAUGGUAGUCCUGGUCUUUAACGCCAACUUCAAAAUUCUCUACAUGAUGGCAGGUGGCUAUGGAGUCCCAGCUGUUAUUGUCGCUGUAUCCGCCUUAGCUAAUCCCAAGGGAUAUGGCACCGAAAGACAUUGUUGGUUGAACCUUGAAUUCAUUUGGAGUUUCUUUGGCCCUGCCUGCGUCAUCAUCAUUGUAAACAUUUUUUUCUUUCUCGUCACUGUGUGGAAGUUGGCACAGAAGAUUACAAGUUUAAACCCUGACCUGGACAAUCUGCAGAAAAUAAAGGCGUUCACCAUUACUGCAGUGGCUCAGCUGUGUUUGUUGGGCACCAUGUGGAUCUUUGGUUGCUUCCAGUUGAAUGAGAGCACAAUAAUCACAUCUUACCUGUUUACCAUCUUUGGCAGCUUUCAGGGCGUUAUGCUCUUCAUCAUGCACUGUCUGUUUUCUAAACAGGUGAGGGAAGAAUAUGGAAACAUCCUGUCCAGAUGCUGUGCACCUGGGAAGAAGAGCUACUCAAACUUCAGUUAUUCGAACACCAGCAAAGCUCAUGCAUCAAAGAGCACCCAGGACACAGGAGAGUCUUGCAUGUGAGGAGUAAAACAGUGUCGUGGGAGCAAAGUCUGAUUUAUUUCCAUCUCAGACAUCCGGCCAACUACUACCCUCCCAUUUUGUGAAAAAUGCACCAGUUUGCAUCACUGCAAAAUGUUGUAAAUAGUAUCCUUAUUUACAUUUUCUUUACUUUUUUGUUACUGAGCUGGUCUAUGUGUUUAAAGCUAAAAUGCAACUGGUGGUCAUAAUUUAAUAAAAUUCAGGAUUUCCUUCAAAACGAGAAAUCACAUUUGACAGUUUUACCAUAAUAGAGAUUACUUAUUUUAUUUGAGUAUUUAUUGAAUGAUAAAAAAUGAAUCCCUUAUUUUGGACCAAAAAAUUAAAGUGAUAGAUCAUUUUUAUGAAGACCUGUUUAAUCAGGUACAUCUAACAUGGCUCGUCAUGUCAUCCAGGUACUUUAUUCAACCAGCAAAGAAAAACAUUUCUGAAGCAUCCACUAUUUUCUGUACAAACAACAAAGAUAGUUUUGAAACAGAAAUACGCUGAAAUUUGUGUGUGUAUAUUGCCGGGCAAUGGGUAAUUCAGCAUGCUGUAACAUGUUAAAUGUAUUUUUUUUUACAAAUAGUUUAAAAGAGUUGGUAUUUAUCAAGUUUUAAACUUGAAUGUUCAAAGAUAACUUUUGUUAUUAUUGUCUAUAAAGAUGUUAGUACAAUUUAGACUUUGUGAUUGAUGUUUGGUCAAAAUACCCAUCUUUUAUUCUGUAUUUUUCUUGCCUCUGCUGGAAGCUUUAAAUUAAAUAAAUAUCCUGAUGUACCUCA